UCAGCCUGAGCUAAUGGUGCAAUUUUUCAAGACAAUGACCCUGCAGCUUCUUCGCAAACUGGUGCCCAUUUUACAGGUGUUAGUUGCAAAAGUUUUGCGAUGUGGUCCGAUACCAGGCCACGUAAGUGUAAUCAUGGACGGUAAUAGGCGUUAUGCAAGGAAUAAGAAAAUGAAGGUAAUUAUUGGCCACGUGCGAGGCAAAGCCCGAAUCAUCCCAGCCCUCAGAUUAUGCAAACGUUUGGGCAUCAAAGAGAUCACCCUCUACCUCUUCAGCAUCGAGAACUUCAAGAGAACCGAAGAGGAGGUUCGUGAACUAUUGAUCGUGAUUAAGGAUUUCAUCGUCGAGCUCAUACAUGAUCCUAGCCUUCUGGAAGAGCUGGAUGUGUGUUAUAAAAUCGUUGGGGAUCUCAAGAUGCUCGAUGAGGAAUUUCAUGAGUUUGAUCGUCAGAUUAAGGGUAUGGCUAAAGAUAAAAGUUUUCGCGUGAACUUGGCAAUCGCCUAUACCAGCAGGGAAGAAAUGACCUAUGCCAUCAAGGAUGCGGUUGAGGAGUCCUCUACGAAUGCGAAAAGACCGGAAGAAGAUCUAUCGAGGAACUUAUACGUCGGCAGGGACGUUGAUAUGGUCAUCAGGACUUCCGGAGAAGUGCGUUUGAGUGAUUUUUUAUUGUGGCAAAGCACGAGCUCGAUGUUGUGCUUCACCGACGUUUUGUGGCCUGAGUUUUCGGCCUGGAAUUUGAUCGUUGUGUUGCUUCGAUAUCAAAAAUAUAUGUUCAAUAAAAACAAGUGGCUGUAGAAAAAACUUUGAUACGAAAAUUAAUAUUAUAGAUGU